UACAUUCUCUGUUGGUUACCUGUGUUAUAGUGUUUAUAAGAAUGCUUUUGGUAAAAUGUGACUGGACAUAAGGACCAUGAGUUGGAAAAUACUAACUAAAGGUGUUAUUAGAUAUAUGAUGUACAAAGGGCGAAUAAGAGAUAAAUAAUCAAUGUGAUUAUAAAGGAGAUUACUUUUAACUGUACUAUAUCUUCUUCCCUCUUCUAGAGUGCUACGAUGGCCUCUGAGAGGAAGAAGAGGUCCAGCAAGUAUGUGGACCAAGAGUACCACGAUAGACCAAGCUAUGUUAAUGCCAAGGCAGCCUACAGGCAAAUUAGAAAGGGAAAAGCCGACGGCAAUAAACAUGCAUUAUGGGUUCGAAAACACGUUCAAGAAUACCUUUAUAUAAUUGGAAUAUUCAUCAAUCAACACUGUGGCAAAGUGUGUUUUGUUGGAUUAUUGUUAUUGUCAUUAUGCUGUGUUGGUUUAAAAUCGGUGAAAAUGGAAACGGACGUCGAAAAACUAUGGGUUGAAGAGGGUGGUAGGUUAGAGGAAGAGCUCACAUAUUCCAAAGACCACAUCGGUGCAGGGGCGGGGAUUACCAAUCAGAUUCUGAUACAGACCCCAAAGUCGGGCAACAAUAUCCUCUCAAAGGAGUCGCUACUGCAACAUCGGGAUGCUCUGGUCAAGGCAUCGCAGAUCACCGUGGAGAUGUUCGAUAUCAAGUGGAGGUACACGGACAUCUGCUAUCUUGCCCAGUUUCCACUGUCUGAGAGUAGCGUUUUGGAAAGUAUGUUGGUGGCGAUUUUACCGUGUGUCAUCAUCACACCGCUCGACUGUUUCUGGGAAGGCUCUCAGGCCCUGGGGCCACCCAACGGCAUCAAGGGAGUUCAUGAUUACUUCAAGCAGCUCCUCUGGACAAACCUGAACCCGAUGGAGAUUGUUGGGAAGCUGAAGAACCACUAUGAGGGUCAGACCAAGAAGGAGAUGGAGGCGUUGGAGAAGGUGUUCAGGGACGCGGGAGUCACAACGGGGUACCAGGAGAAACCGUGCAUCGACCCCAAAGACUAUGACUGCCCCGCCACUGCGCCCAACAAGCAGUCCUUGAAUGUGCCUGACUUUGGUGCCGAGUUGACCAAUGGUUGCUACGGUUUUGCCACCAAGUACAUGCACUGGCACGAGGACCUGAUUGUUGGCGGCUUGCGGAAGAACCAGACAGGGCACAUUGUGCGUGCAGAGGCCCUGCAGUCCAUCCUGCUCCUGCUGGGGGAGCAGCACCUGUAUGAUAAGUACAGCAAGGAUAUCAAGACCGCUAACAUCGACUGGACCCUGGAGAAGGCCAGGAUGAUCCUGGAGGAGUGGCACCGGAAAUUUACCAAGGAGAUGAAUGCAUUUGCAAAAGAUGACAAGCCAGACAAUCAGUAUGCAUUUUCCAUGACCUCUCUCAUGGACAUCAUCAAAGACUUCUCCGACAUAAGUGUUGUCAGGGUAACCAUUGGAUACGUUCUUAUGCUGUUCUAUGCCUUCAUUAUUCUGCUACGCUGGAACAACAUGGUGCUGUCACAGAGUGGUAUCGGUAUAGCAGGGGUUCUCCUGGUUGCACUCUCUGUGGCAGCCGGCCUGGGCAUCUGCUCGCUACUUGGGAUCAAGUUCAAUGCUUCAACCACUCAGAUUAUCCCGUUUCUGGCACUUGGGCUGGGUGUCAAUGACAUGUUCCUAAUCACGCACUCUUACACAGAAAACGCCAACAAAGACAACAUACCUCACAAGGAACAGACGGCAGAGUGUCUAAAGCGGACCGGAACGACGAUUCUUCUGACAUCAGUCAGCAACAUGCUUGCAUUCUUCUCCGCUGUCAUCAUCCCAAUACCAGCCCUUCGCUCCUUUGUCAUUCAGGCUGGCAUCCUGAUUCUGUUCAACCUGGUUUCUGUCAUCUUCAUCUACCCUGCCAUCUGUAGUAUUGACCUCAUCAGGCGCAAGAACAAAAAAUGUGACAUUUUCUGCUGCUUCGAAAGUUAUGCAGACAAUGAUGUGGUGAUAGAGCUCCAGCCCCAUAUCAAUGAUCACAACAUGAUGGAGCGUAGCGCGAGUCCACCACCCGUAUACACGCCCCGCACUGCAUACUCCCCGCCUCCCUACAGCGAUCUGCUUGCCCACGAUAUGAUAACAGAGAUGGGCGCUAUUGGCGGGCCCACGCAGACAACUUUGGCUCCCUCUGAGGGCCAGUUUGUGACGCGGUGCGGAUCGCCCAUUCCUGGAUUUGAUUCUGCAACAAACUCGCGUCAGUGUUUGACAGAUGGUGAAAAUGUGACGUGUAAGGAUAAAUUUGCCAUGCUGCAAAAACAAUGUAUUACUAUGUCGCUGUCUUCGCUGGUGGCGAACAAAUACGCACCUUUUCUCCAAAGAACUCCAGUGAAAGUGUUCACAAUUGUGUUUCUUCUUGUGAUUUUAGUGAUAGGCAUUUGGGGCACUGCCCAAGUUAAGAAUGGGCUAGAUUUGACAGACGUUGUCCCGCGUGAUACAAGUGAAUAUCACUUUCUAGAAAAACAGUCCAAGUACUUUGGAUUUUAUAAUAUUUAUUUAGUGACCAAAGACUUGGACUAUCCAAAUAACCAAAGACUUUUGAGGGAGUACCAUUAUGCAUUUCAAAAUGUGGAUAAAAUUAUUCGUGAAGAGAACAAUGAAUUGCCAACAUUUUGGCUGGACUCCUUCAGAUCUUGGCUGCUUGGGUUGCAGGCAGCCUUUGACAGGGAGUAUGUAAAUGGUACAUUUAGUGCAAAGGGCUGGCCAAAGAAUGCAUCAGCAGACACAAAGUUGGCGUACACCUUAUUAGUGCAGACAGGUGAUGUGGACAAUUCUAUUGACACUGACCAGAUCACAUCAGUGCGUUUAGUCAGUAAGGAGGGAAUCAUAAACCCUGCCGCUUUCUACAAUUACCUCACAGUGUGGAUAUCAAAUGAUGCCUUGGCAUACUCCUAUAGCAUGGGGGAAAUACGUCCCGAGACACAAACAUGGCCGUUUGAUCCGGACGACUUUAAUUUGCAAGUGCCCAAGGCGAAGAAUAUUGCCUACGCACAAAUUCCAUUUUACCUGUCGAAACUGUCCAACAGCGACGAUAUUCUUGACGUCGUCUUAAAAAUACGCCAAAUAUGUGAUGACUUUACCUCGCGCGGUCUCCUGAAUUACCCAGUGGGGGUCCCGUUUACGUUCUGGGAACAGUAUAUCCAGUUACGCUUCUACCUCAUGAUGGCCCUACUGUGUAUCAUGGGUGUGACUUUUGUCGUCCUCUCGGUCACACUCAUGAACCCCUGGAUGGCUGGAAUCAUAAUUGUCAUUUUGACGCUGAUACUGGUCGAGCUGUUUGGUUUCAUGGGAAUCAUGGGCUUGAAACUUAGCGCAAUACCCGCCGUCAUUCUUAUUGUCACUGUUGGCAUGGGCGUCGAGUUCACUGUGCAUUUAGCUGUGGGUUUCUUGUCAUCUAUUGGCACACGUGACAGUCGCAUGGCGAUGGCUCUUGAGCACACAUUCUCGCCAGUGUUCCAUGGUGGCAUCUCUACAUUCCUGGGCGUUAUCAUGCUGGCGGGUGCUGAGUUCGACUUCAUUGUUAGGUAUUUCUUCAUUGUGCUGACUGCCCUGGUGCUGAUUGGUCUACUCAAUGGACUGCUGCUGCUGCCUGUACUGCUGUCCAUCUGUGGACCCCCGUCAGAGGUUCGUCCAAAGAAAGACACAGACCGAAUCCCCACACCUUCGCCAGAAGCAUCACCCAAGGCUAGAAUUAGAAACCUGCCGGUACGUGCCACUCGGUCGAGUAGAAAAAUGAAAUUUCCUCGAAGAAUCCCAUCGGAUAUUUCACUGACAACCAUCACCGAAGAACCUUCCCAGUACUCCUCUACAGAGAUUGUUGUGCAGCCUGAAGUCGUCGUGGAAACGUCCAUACCGAAGGAUGGUCGCAGCGGGCAGCAGACGGCACAUAAAAUGGCAGACGACACCAGUAGUAGACAUAGUUCACAAAGUAGAAAUAGCUCCACACAAGGGACAAUGCUAUCCACUCCCCCCACCCACCAUGUGACUCGGGUCAAGGCCACAGCAACGGUGAAGGUGGAAGUCCACACUCCUAUACCAGGCACAGUGCCAGAUUCACAUGAAUACAAACGGCGGCGACGGAAGGACGACACAGACAGCGAUUCAGAGUCCUCAAGUUCAAGCAGCUCCUAACUUCACAUGACGUCUUGGCUGAGUGGAGUUCCAGGCAGACUUCGAGGAGACGUGGCUGGAAGUGUUGGGCUGCUGUGCAAUACUCAUGUACUAUAGCAUUAUAAUUUAUAACAUGAAUUCAGUAUCAGUAUUUAAUUGUGGUUCAUCAUGAAGAGACAGGACUCUUACAAAAUCCUACAUCAGAGGUGGCACACUGUGACUUCCUCGUUAGAGUUGUCAUAAGCAUAAGCAUUAUAUUGUAAAAAAAAAACGCCAAGGAUUGAUGGUAAUUCGAGAAUAGCUAACACUUUUCACAGAAUCUAUCAAGGACUGUGCCAAUAAAUAUGAAACAUUGGAAAGAGACUUGUGGACAUAUGGCAUAAUGCAGAAUGAGAUUGAUGGAUGCACCUUCAUUUUGCUCUGAACAACUAGAGAGUAUUGUGUGUGCCUAAGCAAUAGGUAGCAAGUUGGAGAUUGAAAGUUCAACAGAAGAAUACACUAUGAAGCUUGGUUCUUCAUAGUUUAAUGUCUUUCGUUUGUAUUCACCAACAAUGAACAUUCUAAUUAAAAAUUUAAAACCAUGUGUUACCUUAGAUAGUACAAUAAAAUCACAUCAUUAUUAGUGCAAACAUGCAAAGUCUAUAAACCAUGUAUAUCGGACAUGUUUUGUGUGAAAUUAGUUGUCAGGAAUGUUGAAGACUUUAUGUAAGCCAGAGACGCCCCUUUGCAGGAUAUUUUCAUUGUGAUAUUUUGUUCUGUAUAAUUUGUUAUUUAUAUGUUGAAAGAUUGAUUAUGCAGAACUAUUGGUCGCCAAAGGCAGCUAUAUAAGUCUGGCAAAACUAUUCAGGGCUGUUUUGGACAUUCAUGAUUGUGUAUACUUCAUUAUUUGCUGCAGUAUUUGUUCAUGCAAGAUUUCUUGUUUUGGAUCAAUAUGCAGUGAAUUUAUUAUCAUAUUGCUGAUAGAUUUUUUCUAACUUUUAAACAUAUUUCGCUGUAUGCAUUUCAAGAAAUCCUAGAAAUUAAAUUGAUAUAUUGUAAUAUUUCUCAGUUAAGGUUGUUAUUAUGUAUGCACAGUUUUAAUUUAGACGUUCAUGUGAUCCAAAUAAUGUAGCAGCAUUUAAAAAAAAUCCUCUCAGAAUUUUACUUACAAGUGAACUUUUUUUUAACCAUCAGUUAAUAAUUAGAACAUUAGCAGACUAGUUGACAUUCAAGUUAGUAAUCUGGAAAGUUAAAAUCAUAGGCUGUUGUUAAAUAUGUAUUUAAAUGUUCAAGUCAUAACAAUGACAGCUACUGUGUCCAUGAUAAUGUAUCUAAAAGGUAUAUAGAAGGUUUCUUUCUUUUAAAACUUCAUUAUCAAGCUUCAUUGUCAGUUAUUUGUGUCAUUAGUAUUUUACUUGUGCCCUGUGGUUUUGAAGCAUUUAUUUUAGCUAAAUAUUUAAAUGAAUGAAAAUAAGUGUAAAUAAAUGUGCUUUCAAGAUUGCACUACAUUUAUAUAUAUAUGUUACGUUCAUGAAUUGUGAUGCAGUAUAAAGACUAACCAUGACUAUUCUUAACUAGUUUAUGAACCAGUGUUUUGUACGGGUAUUUUGUUCAUGCAUUUUUGUAAAAACCAUUCAAAUUCUGUCUUGUAUGUCUACAUAUAAUCUGUUUUUGUAUGUAAUGGAUUUUCUGUGCACUGUAUAAUUUGGGAACAUGUUCAUUGAGCUUACACAUGGAUACAACAAUGAAUUAAUUUAAUACAAAGAAAAAGUUUAUUUAGGGAAGUUUGACAAUUGUUUGUUGUUAGACAACAUAAUAAAUCAUCAAAUUUUUACUGAGUACAAAUGUGACCGUUUUUCAGCAGUUCAAUAAUUGUAUGAACAUGUUCAGUUCAUUCAUUAACUGUAAAUACUAUGAGAACCGUGCUUUAUCUUUAGAAUUCAUCUAUACAAUCAUAUUUAUUGACACAAAUUCUCUGUUGACAUAUGUUACAACAUGAAACAGGUUUUGUGUAAUGCUAUUUAUGUGUUGCUGUAUUUUUAAGAUAAUGUUAGUUGUUAUAUAAAAGACAUUGUUAUAAACGUCUUGAAAAAAAGUGCUAUGUAUUUACAGAGUGCUAUUUUGGAAAACAUUGACAUGUUAAUUGACCUGAAAAAAGUUGCAUUUUCUGUAUGCGUACUGUAUUUGCAUAUGCAUGAAAAGUCUGGUAUCCUGUAGAUGAUGAUACUUAUUUUCUCAUAUUAUAUCAUUCAAAUACCUCAUAGAUAAUGCUGUAACAGUAUAUUGAUUGUGUCAGCACGAUUGUAUGAUUUCCUGAAAACAUAUUCAAAUUAGUAUUAUGUUUGAAUGUGAGCAAAAACAGUGUCCUUUAUAAAGCAACAUUUCUAUGCAUGUUACUAUUAUAUGAUGAGCAGCUAUCAUAUGCUUAUCAAAUCAUGUAUGGUGACAUAUUUCACUUUUUAAAAACAUAACAUGAUUAAUAUCUUAUUAAUUUGUGUGAAGGCAAUGGAAACAAAAUUAGAAAUUCAUUCGAAUGUGACAAUUAAUGAAACUGAUAAUACAAAUUAUCUAUUGGAGCAACGCAGGGUAUACAAUUCUACCAAAGAAUUAUUUUACUCAUUUUUUUUUUAAAUCUCAGGAAACGUUUAAUUAUGUCUUUGCUACGCACAGAAAUGUAUUGAAGCACUUUAAUAUUUUCAAUGGAAAUAUCACAUGGCAUUUAUUAUCUGAGUACUCGUAUUUUCCUUCUACCAAAGAUAAAUUAUCUUAUACCAUAGAUUUCAAUAUCAUGCAUUUUUUCUAUGAAAUCAUUUCAUUGAAGCUGGGUGUUAUAACACAUUGUAAAAUGUACUUUUAUCACUCAUGUUAGGUUUUGCAAAGAAUUUACAGCAAAAAUUGACCAUUGGAAUUUUGCCAGGGUGGAGAAAAAAAGCAUGAAAUGAUCUAAUGAAUCUAUUUUUUCUCAAUAUUUUGAAAAAGUAUUUUAUUUGUGUUUACUUUGUCUAGGUUGUAAUUUAAGCAUCUACAGCUUUAUCAGAUUUUAAGUAUUGCUAUUUAGCUAUACAAUGUUACCUCAUUUUUUCUUAAUGUAUGUAAAGUUUUAUAUGCAAUUCAUUAUUAUCUCUUACUUUUUUAAUGUAAGUUAAUAAUUAUUGGUUUUCAUUCUCAUUUUUAUAUAAAAUAUUUAACGGUUGACAAACCCAAGAGUUUUCUCAAAAAGUACAAAUAUUGUUUAACACUUGUCAUGAAAUCGAUAGCAGAAGCAAAGAAAACUGACUGACUGAAUUUCCACCAUCAGGAUUAUAUUUUGUAUAAAUAUCAGAUGUGAUUGUGUACAUGUAAAUUGUAUAGUGGCCAGUUACUUUCUUCACAAUUCCAGUCCAGACAUCUGACACAAUGUUAACUUAUUGUUCUCAACCAACAACUCUGCAUAUUUGACCAUUUCAUACUAACCUUCUACCGGGUAGGUAUAUGUACUAGGUGGCUAAGUAACGUGUUGAGAAAGAUUUAUAUUUGUAUCACAUUUUUAUAUGAGAAAAAAUAAAAAAAUCAAACCCAGAAUCAUUUUAAAUGAAAGAAACAAUUUUAGUUUUGAGUUGUAGAAAGUUUUAUUUGGGCCCUGGUCUGUGAAAAAGGUGUAAAAUGCAUAUGCGUAAAGCGUCAUGCCAGAUUAACGUGUGCAGUCUGCACAGGCUAAUCAGGGUCGACACUUUAUGCUUUUGUGAUAUUUUUUGUUUCAAGAAAAUCUCUUUUCACCGAAAAACAAGUUUAGGCGGAAAGUGUCAGUCUGCACAGGCUAAUCUGGGACCACACUUAACGCACAUGCAUUAAACCCCCUUUUUACAGAGCAUGACUUAUUUAUAUUUACAUGUCCAGAACAGCAUCAAUGAAACAGAUUUUACAUGUGUGACAUACUGUCAAAAGUGUAUGAAAACAACUUGUCUUUAUCUGAAAUUACAUGAUUGAUUGUUCUGUAAAGAUAAAAUAUUCAAUAGUCAUAAAAAUGAAUAGGUAUUAUGUAUACAUUUUAUAAAGGCCAUUUUUGCAAAUGUCCAGUUGUUUUAACAGGGUAUUCUUUGACAUUAUUGAUAUUAUAUUUUCCAUACUUCCUGUUUUCCUCUCCGUCAGGGAAUUUUGCAUUUGUUUGUGUGUUAUUUCUGUUUCAUUCUAUAAUUUGUCGGUGUUUUCUAUUUUGACAAUUACUAUUAAUACAGAAUUGUAAUUUGAAUAUAUUUACAUUUAUAAUGAAAUGCCAUGCCCUUUUGUGAAACAAAAUUGAUUAAGAAGUUACAAUCUGGUAUUUACUAAAUAAUGUAAGUGUUUUAUACAAUGUUUUAUUUGGUUAAAUGUGGAGUUUUCAGCUAAAUAUCGGGCAUUUUAUUCCAUUCAAUCUUUUAUCUAACCUAAUAGAUAAUCUGGAAUUAAUUUGUUUAAUGUUGACAAGACUAAAAUAUUCUUAUAAGAUGGAAUAUAUGUUUUCAAAUGUAGAAUAAGACAAUUAUACUGAAAUUAAAGAAAGUGAGUUUCUGGUUUCAUAUUGAAAUGGCUGUGAUUUUGUCUGUUGUGUAUUGAACGCAUAUGACUAUGAUGUACAGAAUGUUACUGCUCUAAUAUCGAGCUAGUAUUGACUAUGAUGUUCAGAAUGUUACUGCUCUAAUAUCGAGCUAGUAUUGACUUUGAUGUACAGAAUGUUACUGCUCUAAUAUCGAGCUAGUAUUGACUUUGAUGUACAGAAUGUUACUGCUCUAAUAUCGAGCUAGUAUUGACUAUGAUGUUCAGAAUGUUACUGCUCUAAUAUCGAGCUAGUAUUGACUUUGAUGUUCAGAAUGUUACUGCUCUAAUAUGGAGCUAGUAUUGACUUUGAUGUACAGAAUGUUACUGCUCUAAUAUCGAGCUAGUAUUGGGUUCAUUCGCCCAGAUAUGGGCUUUAAUACAUUAAAAAUUCAAAAUGAUGAAAAUAAAAAUGUUUAAAAAAUG